GGGCCCGCUUGUGCAAGCUAGGAUAGCUUGGGCCGCAGCCCCAGCGCGAGGUCUGCGCGCGCCCGGGCGUGCAUGCGGCUGCGGGGAGGUUCUGUGUGCGCGCAGGGCUGGAGCGCGGCCCGCGUUGGAGCUGAGUGGGCGCUGCGCGCGCGGGAGUAUUUCACAGCAAAUCUGAAUGUUUAAUUAAAGAAUGGAAUACAGAAAACCACAAAAAACUUCAGCUAUUGAUUUAAUCUCAUCUGAAAUUCUACAGGUGUGUCUUCUACCUCAGCAUAUCAAGGCAACAGGCUUCCCUUUUCUUGAGGCUUGAAUGAAAGACAUUCUUCCAUAUAUCUCAGAAUACACCCGAGAGUGGUACUGCUGCAGCCAGCGGGAAUUUCAAGGGCAAAAUUGGGAAAUGGCAAUGGAGUAGAGUGUUUUUCAGGGUCUCCAGAAGAUUAUGUAAUACAUAGCAAAGUGAGAACCUCUGGGUUCAAGAAGAGUGAAAAAGAAAAGCAGUGGCCAGAUGUCAUUGGCUUUGCUUGUUUCUAAUGUAAUCAGAGGUCAUCAAGCAUAAAGCAGAGGUGUGUGUCUUAUAAGCAAUUUAUUGCAGAAUUUUAAGCCAGUCUGUGAAGGCCUCCUUUUUAGUAGGUGAAUGCUGGCUUCUUACAUAUCUUAUAGAAAUUUCAAGCAUUAUUUUUGACAACUGCCUUCUGCUGAAUGUUCACUGGGUGAAACUGAAGGUCCUCAGAAGAAAUAAAUCAAGAAGAACCUGUGCCUUACGUCCUUCCCAGCUGCUGUGGAUGGCCCUGACUCUCUUAACUGCCCUUCCCAGUAGGAUGUCACUGAGAUCCCUCAAAUGGAGCCUUCUGCUGCUGUCUCUCCUGAGUUUCCUCGUGAUGUGGUACCUCAGCCUUCCCCACUAUAAUGUGAUAGAGCGUGUGAACUGGAUGUACUUCUAUGAGUAUGAGCCAAUUUAUAGACAAGACUUUCGCUUUACACUUCGAGAGCAUUCAAACUGCUCUCAUCAAAACCCAUUUCUGGUCAUCCUAGUGACCUCGCACCCCUCAGAUGUGAAAGCCAGGCAGGCCAUUAGGGUUACUUGGGGUGAAAAGAAGUCUUGGUGGGGAUAUGAGGUUCUUACAUUUUUCUUACUAGGCCAGCAAGCUGAAAUGGAAGACAAAAUGUUAGCGUUGUCCUUAGAAGAUGAGCACCUUCUUUAUGGUGACAUAAUACGACAAGAUUUUUUAGACACAUAUAACAACCUGACCUUGAAAACCAUUAUGGCUUUCAGGUGGGUAACUGAGUUUUGCCCCAAUGCCAAGUACAUCAUGAAGACAGACACUGACGUUUUCAUCAAUACUGGUAAUUUAGUGAAGUAUCUUUUAAAUUUAAACCACUCAGAGAAGUUUUUCACAGGUUAUCCUCUCAUUGAUAAUUACUCCUACAGAGGAUUUUACCAGAAAAACCAUAUUUCAUAUCAGGAGUAUCCUUUCAAGGUGUUCCCUCCCUACUGCAGUGGGCUGGGUUAUAUAAUGUCCAGAGAUUUGGUGCCAAGGAUCUAUGAAAUGAUGGGUCAUGUGAAACCCAUCAAGUUCGAAGAUGUUUAUGUCGGGAUCUGUUUGAAUUUGUUAAAAGUGGACAUUCAUAUUCCAGAAGACACAAACCUUUUCUUUUUAUAUAGAAUCCAUUUGGAUGUCUGUCAACUCAGACGUGUGAUCGCAGCCCAUGGCUUUUCUUCCAAGGAAAUCAUCACAUUUUGGCAGGUUAUGCUAAGGAACACCACAUGCCAUUAUUAACUUUACACUCUACCAAAAAUCUAGAGAAGGGCAGGAUGCUUUGUGGAAAAGUCUUAAAGUUGGUGCUGUGGAGAACUCAUGGAAAAGUCAGUGUGCUGGCUCACACUGAACUGAGAUCAUGGAGAACCCAUUGAUUGGAGGGCCACACAUUACUAGUGAUUUAUUUUGACAAAAUUCAAGUCAAGCCCCUUAAAAGUGGUAUUCAGAGGAAUUAAACGUCUUAUAAAGGAAUCAGGUUUUUGCCUGAAAGUUAAUAGGGCCAAACAUUGAACAUGUCAUUCUAUAGACUAGAAUUUCUUAAAAGGGUUUCCUUAAUUAUAAGCUCAUUAGUCCGUAACAGCAAAGCAGUGUGGAGUUCUAUUUAUUGAACAGUUUAGUCACUUAAAGGUUUAAUGUGUAUCUUACAUGGGUUACCAAUUUUUAAAAACUAUGUAGUUCUGUGUAAAAAAAAAAACUUCACUGACAUUAUACUGAACAAAAUUAAUUAUAUCUGUUUUUGGUCAUUCAGAAGGCACUUAAAGAUGUUGCGGUAUUUUGGAGUUACCAGUUAUUAUUUAAUGUUACUUCAAACUUUCUGGGUGUUUAAAUGUUAUUAUGGUGGUUUCAAUACUGUAUAAUAGAAUAGUGAAUCAAUUUUUAUAUUUGAGCUUUGUUCCAGUUACUUCAUUGAUCAGUGAAAGUCAUAGGUCAUUUAUUGAGUAUCAGUACUCUGUUGGACUUCAUUUUACUGUGGCACUGUAAAGAAUAAUUAAAGCAAGAAAAUCUGAGUUAUUGUCUUGUUUUUGAAGCUAUAGUUCUCAGUGUUCUUAGAUAUCACUUUAUCUGUUUCAUUUUUCCCCUGGAACUUAGGAAUCAUAUAGAAUGCCAGGCAGUGUAUUUCCUUUUAGAAAGGACUCUGAAGGCACAAAAGAAGGGAGAGGACAGAAUGUUAUGAGAAGAGUGUCCUUUAUCAGAAUUUGGGUUAGAAAAACAAGACUGAAGAUCCAAGUUGCAAUGUUAAUCUUACCCUGUGUGUUUUCUCAUUAACAAUCAACUUGUGAAUAAAGAGGA